AUUUGAGAUGCAUUCAGUUAUAAAGUUAUUUAUGUGAUCAGUAGUCAAUUGCGCAUUAAUUUCAAAAAGAGAUAAAGGCUUACAAUGAGAUUAAGAUUAAUCAGAAGGGCAAAAUGGUUUGUCCUCUGUCUGGUCAGCUUUGUCAUCUUCGUUCGCACUCAAUACAAUCUUCAAAUCAAUACGGAAGACUUCACUAAAAUACACGUACCACAUGUACAGAACGAGUCCAUUUUGGUGCAUGAAGUCGAGGACCCUAAUGUUGGAAGUCAACAAAUGCAACAUAACUGCUCUGAAUGGUUCGAAGACAACUUUCAUUUGAAUAUUGAACGAGUAAAAUUGCACCAGAACAUGCAUGAUAAACGCGUCAACAACACACUGAAGUCGUCGGAGCACUUCCAGGAUGUGCGUUUUCCGGUCAUCGUUACGGCUGCCAGCCGAGAUUUUUUCGACAUAAGUCAAGGUCUUAUUCAGAGUAUCUACGUUCAUCUUGUACCAAAAUAUGAAGAUGUGAAGCUCAUAUACUACGACAUGGGACUCACUGAAUUGCAACGAAACAUUUUUAGUAACGUUCCAGUUCCAAAAUCACCCUCCCCACGUGCGGAAUUUGAAGACCUAUACAUGGAAACCUCUUAUUGUCAAGGAGCUCCUUCAGAACUUCUCGUGGGUGUGGUGGGCAGACACAUCAGCGAGAUUUUUAUCAAAUGA